GAACAGUCAUGGGAACAGUUAGAGAUUUAAUACGUUGUCAAAAAAAAAGACGGAGAAUUUUCACCAGUGCAGUUUUCAUGCAAAUUCAGAGUGAAAGGUAACGAUGUCGAGCUCGGACAGUGAGGCAUUCGAGAGUGCUGAUGAGGAUUUUGGUAGUGAUGAGCGGAAAAGUGGGGAAAGUGCUGUGGAAAAGGAGAAAAAAGCGGAAAAUGUAGCUGUGCAAUCGCCCAGUCAUGAGAGUGACAACGAAAACAAAAGCGUGGCCAGAAAAUCGUCACCAGAAAUCCAGUCGAAGCUCCAGGAAGCCAUUGAUGACAGCAAGAGUCAGGCUGUGGCCGAAGAAGUUAAGACUCCAAAGGAAGAAGCGCCUGCAAAAUCAACCAUCCGAAAGAUCGAAAAACCUGAGAAGCCCGAGAAGUCGAAACCGAUGAAAUUGGGAUUGAAGAUAUCAGAGAAAUCCGUGGAGAAGUCAGAUAUUCCUCCUGAGGAAUCUGCACCAAAGACACUUCCUGCGAAGCCUAAAGCUGUCGAACAGCCUCCGGAAGUGGAGGACACUGGCGACUGGGAUUUCGAUGACUGGGGAGAAAAUGAUGCAACCGAGAGCAAGAAAGACGAGGCUGAGUCAGAGGACAAAGACGGAUGGGAGAGAGAAGAUUGGGAUGAUUGGGAGAAGCCGAGCAAACUGGAUGCCGAAGACACGAAGAAGCCCGGACAGAAUUUGUAUAGCGUAUUCCCGGUUCUGUCUGAGAUUUCCCAGGACAGUACAUCACCAGAGGCGGAAAAGAGUUCUGGCAUCUUCCACAAUCUGUCCAGGAUGAUGAAGCAACCUUCCCAGUCCUCGACUUACGACACAUUCCCUGUGUUGGACGAAUUGGGCGCGAAGCAGAGGUACAGCGAGCCUCCGGCGGAGGAAAAGCGCGAAGAGCGAGUUUCCCAUGUUCUGGACAAGCUCGCGGCCAAGGAAACUGCGAAAGGACAAUCGUGGGGCUGGAAACCGUGGGGCGGAUUCUCCACUCUCCUCUCGACGGCCUCAGAAGGCGUCGCCACGCUCACUCACGGUCUCUCGUCGGUCAUCGAGUCGGGAAUGGGAGUUCCUGAUCCUGCGGAGCUGGCCAGAGUGCAGAAGGAGGAAGCGGCUAAGAGGGCGGAAGCCGAACCCGAAGACAGCGUGACUCCGGCAUCGGAGAGCUCAGAGAGAUCUCUGAAGUUUGGCCAGAUCGUGUCUGGUGUCCAGCAGAUCGGGAACAAAGUGAUCAGCGGUGGCUUGGACACACUUGAGGGCAUUGGCAAGAAGACAAUGACCAUCCUGCAGGAGAAUGAUCCGGGAUUGAUGAACAAGAGGAAGUUGCUGGGCUUGGAAACUGAGAGACCCGUUCUCAGUCAGAUCCUGCGCGAGGCCAAGGCGAAGACCGAAGAGACGGAGAGGCAGAUGAAGCAAAUGCACAAGCACUUGUACAGGAAGCAGCUGCACUUCGAGACACUCUUCGAUGACUACUGCGGCCUGGUGCAUCUCGAGGCGCUGGAGAUCCUCUCGAAGCAGUGCGUGCUGAAGCUUCAGUCCCUGCUGGCGCCGCUCACGGGCAAGGCGCUGCAGGAGAUGCAGGAGACGAUUGGCGAGGUGAAGGAGCUGUGCGAGCUGCCCGAGAUGGAUGCCGAUGAGGCGGACGGGGAGCACUCGGUGGAGGAACUCAGUGAAAAAUUCAGCACUGCCGUCGAGGAUCUGGGUUUUGAAGUGGAGUUCAAGGAGAUCUUGGAGAGUUGGCAGAAAUACACCGGAUUCCUGUGGGAGAAGAACAUCAAAACUACGCGGGAAGUGCAUGACAAGGCGCUUCAUUGCUUGGCAGAAACCACGGCGCUGUGCGUGUGCAAAAUGCACAAAUUGGCCGAGUUGCUGCUGGUCAUGGAUCAUCACAGCACGGCCAACGAGGCGGACAGUCUGGUGCAACUCACGACGAUCUUCUGCUGGCAUCUCAACGGCAUCUCCGCGAGAUUCGGGGCGCUCCUCAGCGGACCGGGAGUGAGCCACAACGCCGAGGAAGAGGCAGACGAUCCCAACACGCUGAUCACAUCGAUUUUCCUCGAGGGCUCCAACAGCACUUCCUACGUGCAGAACGCCUUCCAACUCUUCAUCCCAAUCCUUCAGCUAGGCGCUGCGUGAAUACCCUCCUUGCUAUCCAUAAUCCUGUUUCCGGGCUGUUUUUACGGUGUAACAUCAAGAUAAAUAAGAGCACUUUUAAUUGAAAUGAAA